CGACCUGCUCCGUGCUGGACCGGGAGGCGGACAGAGUUUGUGGUGGCUGAGCAGUGACUGCGCGUCGGAGUGGAAACUAACUGGAGAACCGCUGCGUACAACUCCCGGACCUUGUGUUUCUUGCUUGGGUCGUUUUUAAAAACAUUUCUCCCUUUUUUUCCUGCCCCUGUCCCGGUGCUCCGUCCACAUCCACCUCCACCCCAACACCUCCCCAAGCGUGCCAUCAGCGGAGGACGCUGCUUACUGCUGCCGCUGUCGGUAAAACCCAGACAGUGGUAACGUUUCACGGAGUAACUGAGUGACCCAACUCCUCCCCACCCCUCCUCGCCCGGACGGGUCUCCCCCGGCUGGAUUCCAGCUCCAGCCGCUCCUCCGGUGAGAGGAAGGACUGUUGGGCUGACGCGCAGCGCUGAUCACGACACUCAAAGUGGACAGAUUUUGAGAGAAAUUGGAGUAACCACUACCCCUGCCUGUCUGACUGGAUUGUUUGAUUUGUUUAGAGAUUUUAUUUUCGGCGUCGUGGAUUCUUAAUUUUGUGCUGUUGUUUUUUUGUUUUUGCUUUUUUUUUUUGUUUUUGUUUUUUUGUUUUUUUCUGGAGGUCUGGAGCGGCUCCGUCUUGGUACCGAAGAGGAGUGGAGCCUGUAGCCAGGCUGGAGCGCUCAGAGCCGGGGAACCGCGCAGCUCUCACCCGGUCCAGAGCGGUGUUUUCUGGCAGAGACAUGGCGGUCCUGAGGUGCGAAGUUUUUCUCGUAUUAGCCACGGUCCUGCUGGUGUCUUGCAGCACCGCGCCCACUGACAUCCUGUAUCGGGUUCUUGAGGAGCGGCCGCCCAACACACUGAUCGGCAGCCUGGCGACAGACCAGGGUCUGCCCAACGCUGGACAUCUCUACAAGCUCGAGGUGGGCGCUCCAUACCUGAGGGUUGACGGCACCACCGGUGACAUCUACACCACCGAGAUCCCCAUCGACCGUGAGACACUGAGAGACUGCCGCAACCUGUUUGAGGGUGACAAAUGCUACCUGGAGUUCGAGGUGUCGAUAACUGACAUGGUGAAAGGUAUUGGCUCGGGGCCACGGUUGAUUGAAGGUCGCAUUGAGGUCUUGGACAUAAAUGACAACACACCGCAGUUCUCCUCACCUAUCCUGACUCUGUCCAUCCCUGAGAACACACACAUCGGUGCCCUCUUCGCCAUCCCUAUGGCCACGGACAGAGACUCGGGUUCCAACGGCGUGGCAGACUACUCUCUCAGUAGCAGCUCCGGGUCAGACGCUGACCAGCUCUUCAGCCUGCAGGUCGCAGUGGACACGGAUGAGAAACUGCCACAGCUGGUCGUAAUGGGCAACUUGGAUCGUGAGAAGAAGGACUCGUAUGACCUGAACAUCAGGGUGCAGGAUGGUGGGAAUCCUUCAAGAGGGAGCAGCGCUUUGCUGAGGGUUACCGUGACUGACCAGAACGACAAUGCUCCCAGGUUUGAGAGAAGUCACUACGAGGCUGAACUACCAGAAAACAGCCCGCCGGGACACUCAGUACUGCAGGUCAGAGCCAAUGAUGCAGACACUGGCAUCAAUGGAGAGAUAGACUACAGCCUCCAUCAAGCAUCAGAAUCUGUCCAAAGGCUUCUGCGCAUUGACCGCACAACAGGCAUCGUCUAUGUCAAAGGUCUUGUGGACAGAGAAGAUGAAAACUUCCUCAAGUUCUUUGUGGUGGCCAGAGAUCACGGGCCUAGUUCCAAGAGUUCCAAGGUUCUGGUGAAUGUAAAUGUCAAGGACCAAAAUGACAACGCACCAGCCAUUGAGAUUCGUGGUAUUGGCUUGGUAACACAUCAAGAUGGUGUGGCCAACAUUUCUGAGGACAUGCCUAUUGGUACACCAGUGGCACUGGUCCAGGUAUCAGACCGUGAUGAGGGGGAAAAUGCUGUGGUGACAUGCGUGGUUGCUGGUGAUGUUCCAUUUCAGCUUCGUCCUGCAAGUGAGUCAGCCAAUGAUCGAAAGAGAAAAUACUUCCUGCAGACAACAACCCUGCUGGAUUAUGAGCAUGUUAAGGAUUACAGGAUUGAAAUUGUUGCUGUGGAUUCUGGGAACCCAGCUCUGUCCAGCACUAACUCUCUCAAAGUCCAGGUUACAGACAUUAACGAUAAUGCACCAAACUUUUCCCCUUCCACUGUUGAAGUGGACUUUGCAGAAGGCAACCAGCCAGGGGAUAAAGUUCUGGAUGUUGUGGCAACAGAUGCAGAUAGUGGCACAAAUGCAGAGCUGCUCUAUAGCAUCAUUGAACCAACAGCCAAAAGACUCUUUAAAAUUAAUAACAGCACUGGAGAGGUUCGUGUGAACCACUCGUUGGAUCGGGAACACACAGAGCGUUAUGAGUUCCGUGUGACUGCAGCAGACAAGGGUGUUCCUAGUAAAACCGGCACUGCCACAGUGGUGAUAAAUGUUUUAGAUCGCAAUGACAAUGACCCCAAAUUUACGCUGAAUGGCUACAGCUUCUCUGUCAUAGAGAACAUGCCUCCACUCAAUCCUGUUGGCGUAGUCACUGUCAAUGAUGCAGAUAAGGAUGAGAAUUCCCAAGUGAGGCUGUUUGUGGAACAGGACAAUGGCAUGUUUGUUAUCCAGAACGGCACAGGAACCAUCCUGUCUAGCAUCUCCUUUGAUCGUGAAAAGAAAAGCACCUACACCUUCCAACUAAAAGCUGUGGAUGGUGGUGACCCACCUCGAUCCUCCUAUGUGGGUGUGACCAUCAAUGUCUUGGAUGAAAAUGACAAUGCCCCAUAUGUCACCAAGCCAGCUAACUCGUCCUUUAUAUACCUACCAGUUGGCACCCGACCAAACACGCAUGUGGAGGUGGUAAAAGCUGAGGACAUUGACGCUGGACUCAAUGCUGAACUAGAGUAUCUCAUCAUAGGUGGAAAUCCAUAUGGACUUUUCCAAAUAUCUCCAAAUGAUGGGGAGAUCACAGCAGCACAGGAAUUCACUGUAAAGCACAAUGGGCUACAUCGGCUGGUAGUGAAGGUCAUUGACAAAGGCAAACCUCCUCGCCAUACCGUUGCACUAGUCCAUGUUUUUGUCAAUGAAACAAAAUCCAAUGUCUCCCUCAUUGAAGCGCUGGUUGGACACAGUCUUUAUACCCCUUUGGACAGGGACAUUGCAGGAGAUCCCAACUAUGCCCUUACUCAGCAAAGCAAUAUUGUAUAUGGCAGUCUUGCAGGUGUUGCUGGUGUCAUUUUAGUCAUAGUAGCUGUGGUCGUCAUCAGACACCGGCUGCAGAAGGAUACCAAGAGUGGUUACCAGGCCGGCAAGAAGGAGAGUAAGGACCUGUAUGCUCCAAAGCAGGGCCCCAAAAAUGGCAAAGGGAAAAAGAGCAAGAAGGGGAAAGCUCCAAAACCAGCUAAGCCACUGGAAGAGGAUGAGGAGGCCAGUCUACAAAAAGGCCUCAAAUUCAACUUAAUCAAUGACAGCGUCAAUGACAGUCCCAGAAUUCAUCUGCCCCUUAACUAUCCACCAGGGAGCCCUGACCUGGGCCGCCACUACCGCUCCAACUCCCCGCUACCAUCCAUCCAGCUGCAGCCACAGUCACCAUCUGCCUCUAAGAAGCACCAGGCUGUUCAGGACCUCCCUGCCACCAACACCUUUGUGGGGACAGGCGACAACAACUCCACUGGCUCCGACCAAUAUUCGGAUUACAGCUACAAGGCCAACCCACCUAAAUACAGCAACAAACAGGUAGGAGACUACGCAAACACGCCAAUGUACCAAAGGGAGAUCUAUUGGACCAACCGGGUGUGGUAGUCACGCUGGGACUUAUUUGGCAAAGCCAAUAUUCUUCCACCAAAGCUGCACUGAUUUCCCCACACAGCACCCACCUCCUUACGGCUGUGAUUCCUUUUAUUUGAAGUUUGUUUUUGUUUUUUUCUGUUCACCAUUUGUGUUGUGUUCUGUUCUGAUCAGUUUUGGGUAUUCACUUAAACAUGGACACCACAAAGCCACAGAAUGAAGGAUUGCAGGGUUAGACCAUAUAUGGGAUGAAUGUUUUUACUGAUGAUAUUUCCCAGUCUUGUAUCCAAAUGUUUAAUUUCUGGAGAAUCCAAUGAAAAGUACCUAUUAUAUUACAUCAAAAUAAGUGAUUUUUCAAAGAAUUGCUAAGAGUGUUUUAUAAAUCUAAUUUUGAUAGCAUACAUUGGAUUGAGCCCCCUGUUCAGCUUGGAAAUCCCAUAUGGGUCUAUCCUUAGCAUCUGUGUUUUUCAUUUGUUUGUGUUUCAUUUUACCUUUUAUUUUUUAUGGUGGAUUAAAUGAAGGACGUUAUGAGUUUCCCUAUUUCAUUAUUCACAAAUGUUCUUGGAGUUCUUUGAGCACCCAUUGAAAGGUUCAUGCUGACAUCCUCAUUAUGUCUGAAUGUGUUAUUCUUUUCUUUUUUCUCGAGAGCUGACUUGAGGCUUAAAGCUGCUCUUUAUGGCCGGAUCAGCUUGGUGAAGUGUGACAAAGAGUGACUGUGAAUUCCUGAGUUAGUUUUCUUUUCUUUUUUUUUAAACCAAUUUUUAUUGUUUCUUAGCUUUCUUUUGCCAGGAAGUAGACUGGCUGAGCAGCACUUUAGUGUUUCCAUCCAGUUCAGACCAAUUUAAGGUAAUUUCAGCUCAGUCAGGGAGCCAAGCAGCAAAGAAGAAAGAAAGGAAAAAAGGGAAUAAGAAGGGUAAGGGAGUGGGGUUAUAAAGAGCUUCACCACUAUGAAGGAAAAGGUACACUAAAACUAAAUACAACCAUUUCCUAACCUCCACACGUCCUGUCAGGUUAGCUGAAAUACAACUUUUAAUUUUGCUGUGUUCCCAAUCAGUGGGGCUCAAAAGUCAAUUGUUUGCACAGAUUAAUGGCAGGUAAUUUUCCAGGCGCCCGCUUUCGCCUUCUUUUACCCAGAGUGCCUUGCUCUAUUCUAUUUAAUGUACAAUAAGGGGAGUUGGGAGGGGGUUGUGAGAUGGGGCCAUUAACUGUGUGAUUGUGACGAGCGUUCACGCCACAUCGGCUGUUUUGUGGCUUCACAUUGAUAGACUUGCAGCUAUGAAAAGUGAAAAUGUCACAUGCACUGUGAAAACCAUUGAGACAAUCAGAUUAAGGUGUUGUAGUGAUGUACAUACAUGUGAAUGACAUGUCAGUCAUUUUGUUUUGUUUGUGCUUUUUCAUCUGCUGUUUAUGUUGCAACAUUACAGUGUGUCUUCUGUGAGCUUAACAAGGGCAUUUCACUGUUCUCCCUGCCUUUUAAAGACUUGUGUUGACCAUUUGAAAACGUGUACCAAAGACUCACACACCUGCGUUUUCACUGUCGCACCAUCAUACAGUAUAUGCAUAUGAGGCUGAGAAAUUGUUUCCUUGUUUGGUCGGUCUAGCAGAAUUCCUGCCGGUGUUGGCAGCUUGCUAGCGCUCCUGCUGGGUAACAUUUAGCCUGUUAACAUGCAGGCCUCACACUGUACUCUAGUCAAAUUUAAAGCCACAUGGCCUCAUAUCUGUUCCAUCACACAUCUACUCAGUCAUGUACUCUUUUUCUCUGGGGAAAUAAAUGUACAGUGUUUUUCUUCUGUUUUUUACAGUUAAAAUCCGACUUUAUUUCAAUAAACA